GAACAACUGAUUAAAGAUAAACAAAGUAUGUCUGAUCUUAUGAAUAAAAUCGAAGAGGACGCAGAUCGGGAAGUACUGGAGAAAAAGGCUGACUUUGUGAAUAAAUUGAGAGAAUUGAAAAAAAUGAAUUUAAAUCUUAGAGGCGAACUUGGAUCAUACAAGAUGAAAGCUAAAGCAGCGUCGAAGGAAGCAGAAGACUUGGGCGGUCUACUUGAAAAAUACGAAGAGGAUAUAGCUCAGCUGAAAGUAUCAGUCAAGAUCGAAGAACAGACCAUCUUAGGACUUAAGAAGCAAAUACAAGUUCGUGACGAUAUUAUAGAACAAAAAGAAUCGCGGAUUUUUGAAGAGAAACUUAAAAUGAAAGAUAUAGAAAAACAAUUGUUGCUGACGAAAGAAAAUGUUAGUGAACUAGAACAAACGGUCGAGCCGUUAAUAAUGGAAAUUCAAGAAAAAAAAAAAAACUAUUGAAGACAUGGAAUCGGAAAUGUUAGGUAUGGCAGCAGUGG